CUAGGUCCAAAACUGCAGACCCUGCUUGAAAUUGGAUGUGGUCCCACUCUUCACUGUGCUCUCUGUGCCACAGAAUAUGUGGAGGAAAUUGUUUUGUCUGAUUUUGCUUCGAGCAACCGUAAGGAGAUUGAGCUGUGGAUACAAAAUGACCCAGGAGAUUUCGACUGGAGCCUAAUUGCAAAACGUGUGUGUGAACUGGAAGGCAACAGCCUAGGUCCAAAACUGCAGACCCUGCUUGAAAUUGGAUGUGGUCCCACUCUUCACUGUGCUCUCUGUGCCACAGAAUAUGUGGAGGAAAUUGUUUUGUCUGAUUUUGCUUCGAGCAACCGUAAGGAGAUUGAGCUGUGGAUACAAAAUGACCCAGGAGAUUUCGACUGGAGCCUAAUUGCAAAACGUGUGUGUGAACUGGAAGGCAACAGGGGAAAAUGGAUGGAGAAAGAGAAGAAGCUAAGGGAUUCCAUUAAGCAAGUUUUGAAGUGUGAUGUUCAUCAAAGUAACCCUCUGCAUCCAGUACAACUGGAACCUGUUGACUGCAUAUUGACAGCCUCAUGCCUCGAGGCUGCCUGUAAGGAUGAAGCAGCUUACCGCACUGCUGUUAGAAAUAUAACCUCUCUGCUAAAACCAGGUGGGGUGCUCAUUAUUAUUGGUGACAUGAACCAGGCUGUUUAUAAGGUCAAUGAGUACAACUUCUCAAUCUUGCCACUUGAUCGUACAUUAAUGAAAAAUGCUUUGGAGGAAGCUGACUGUGAGAUUAAACAGUUGGAAACAUGUAAAUCAGUCACUUGGUCAGGCAAUGACAUGAUAUUUUUCCUAGUUGCUCAAAAGAAAUAAAACAGCUUCAUGCUGAAUCAAUUUUGCAACUGUUAUACAUUUAACCUGUUUAAAAGCUAAUGCACAUGCAAAGUGAAAAAUGAAUGCUAUUAAAAUGACUCAUGGUAUUUGCUCAUCAUUGCCUUAAUUUUGUUUGUAUGCUCAUUUCUGAAAUACAAGUUGUAAACUCAAUAGAGCUUAAUAAAGACCUACACUCCAGUACA